UUUCUUUUUGCAGCAAGAGCUCACUUAUUAAACACACAGUGACACAUAAGAGGAAGCAGUAAUAGAGGAUCUCAAAUCAUGUGACUGAUGCGGAAGUUAAGUCUUUCCUACUUACUGUAAGGCAAGAGAGUCUGAUGAGUUGUUCUCGAUCCUCUGCCAAUUUUUCAGCCUCCAGAGAUACAGAACCAUGUUACCAUUUGUGCUUUUCUCUACUUUAUUUUCUUCCACUUUUACUGAACCUGAGGAGCCACCCUGGGCCUGCAACUCCUCUGAUGCAACAUUUGCGUAUACCUACUGUGAUAACAUGAAAUACCCUAUUUCAGUAAGUACUGAGCCCUGUAUAGCAUUGAAAGGAACCAAAGGUCUUAUACAUAUUUUCUAUAUUCCAAGGAGAGACUUAAAAAAGUUGUAUUUUAAUCUCUAUAUAUCUAUCAACUCCAUGGAUUUGCCCAAACGUACAGAAGUUAUUUGUAAAGGAUCUGAUGAUGAUUAUUCUUUUUGCAGAGCUCUGAAAGGAGAGACAGUGAAUACAACAGUGCCUUUUUCCUUCAGGGGAAUACAGUUUCCUAAGGGCCGGUACAAUUGUGUUAUAGAAGCCAUUGCUGGAGAUCCUGAGGAAAAGCUUUUUUGUUUGAAUUUUACCAUCAUACAUCGUCAUAAUAAAAAUAAAUUGAGCUAAUUUGCAC